CGUGACGUUAGCAUCCCUAUCAAACACACUUAGCCGGAUAGUUUCCUGCUGUCCUUCACCACCUGCUGUUUCUGCUGACCAGAGCAACAUGUCUAUUGUAAAGAUCCAUGCCCGUGAGAUUUUUGAUUCCAGAGGGAACCCUACUGUAGAAGUGGAUCUUCAUACUGAGAAGGGACUCUUUCGAGCUGCUGUUCCUAGUGGAGCAUCUACUGGCAUUUAUGAAGCGCUGGAGUUGAGGGACAAUGAUAAGUCCCACUACAUGGGAAAAGGGGUCUCAAAGGCUGUUGAACAUGUCAAUCAGACUAUUGCACCUGCACUAAUUGCACAGGGAAUCCCUGUAACUGAGCAAGAGAAGAUUGACCAGUUCAUGCUGGAGCUGGAUGGAACAGAUAACAAGUCUAAAUUUGGUGCUAAUGCCAUCCUGGGUGUGUCACUGGCUGUGUGCAAGGCGGGAGCUGCAGAGAAAGGUGUCCCUCUGUAUCGGCAUAUUGCUGACCUUGCAGGAAACCCAGAGGUCGUUCUGCCAGUGCCGGCUUUUAAUGUGAUAAAUGGUGGCUCUCAUGCUGGCAAUAAGCUGGCUAUGCAGGAGUUCAUGAUCCUGCCAGUAGGAGCCAGCAGCUUUAAGGAAGCUAUGCGUAUUGGCGCUGAGGUCUACCACAACCUGAAGAAUGUUAUUAAAGAGAAGUACGGCAAGGACGCCACCAAUGUCGGAGAUGAAGGUGGAUUUGCUCCCAACAUUCUGGAAAAUAAAGAAGCCCUCGAGCUGCUAAAGAAUGCUAUUAGCAAAGCAGGCUACACAGAUGACAUUAUCAUUGGCAUGGAUGUGGCAGCAUCAGAGUUCUACCGUGAUGGAAAGUACGAUUUGGACUUUAAAUCACCAGAUGACCCCAGCCGCUACAUCAGCUCUGAUGAACUGGCUGACCUGUAUAAGAGCUUUGUGCAGGACUAUCCUGUGGUGUCUAUUGAGGACCCAUUUGACCAGGAUGACUGGCAGGCAUGGACCAAUUUUACAGGCAGUACUGACAUCCAGGUAGUUGGAGAUGACUUGACAGUGACCAAUCCUAAACGCAUUGCCAAAGCAGUGGAGGAGAAAGCCUGCAACUGCCUGCUGCUCAAAGUGAACCAGAUUGGCUCUGUGACUGAGUCCCUUCAGGCGUGUAAGAUGGCCCAGUCGAAUGGUUGGGGUGUAAUGGUAAGCCAUCGAUCUGGAGAGACUGAGGACACCUUCAUCGCUGAUCUGGUGGUGGGCCUGUGUACUGGACAGAUCAAAACGGGAGCACCCUGCCGUUCUGAGCGCCUGGCAAAAUACAACCAGAUCCUCAGGAUUGAGGAGGAACUGGGUGAUCAUGCCCGCUUUGCAGGAAGAAACUUCAGGAACCCACUGAACUGAGACUGAGCUACUGAAGUCCAGUUGGGCAGUGCAUACUUAGAAAUGUACUUAUCAGUGUAGUGUACUAGACUAAAUCUGAAGGCAGUACUGUAACUUAUUUACUGUAGAAUGUUAACAGCCUGUCAUGACUGCUAAUGUGAAGAAUGUCAGCAGUAUUUAUCAUUGUGGUCAAACAUGUUUGCUGUGAACUGUAUUAACUAAAUACUGUAUUUAUAGAGAGCCAGCUACAUUACUGUGGUAUUAGAGAACCUUGUGGUUGCAGAAGGGUUAAAUAAAGCUUUAACCUCAAA